UUUGUAGGCCGUGGACUUUGUCGCGCACUCGACAAAACUCCAUCAGUGCGAUUAAGCCCAGUAUUGCUGGCUUGCCUACCACCACUCUUUAAGAGGGAGGGAUCCAUCCAUUUCACUUCCGUCCUCAACUCCCUCACGGCCAUGAACUCCACCGACGAAGUUCGUAACAUCAGCGGCGUUUUCGAAGGUCUUUCCUAUCCAAAUCCUCUGGUUUUCAUCACAGGAAUUGCUGCUGCGGUCUUCCUCGCGGUGCUUCUUUCUGCGGAGAAAAGAGAUCACAAGGGACCAAAGAGAUGGCCUCUGGUCGGUUCUUACUUCCAAGUCGUGAAGAACUUCCCAGUGCUUCACGACUGGUUCCUUAGCUAUUUCAGCAGCGAGUGUAGGACGAUUGCAGUGGACUGGGGGACCUUCUACAACAUUCUCACGGUCGACCCUGCCAAUGUCGAGCACAUUCUCAAGACAAAUUUUGCUAACUAUCCCAAGGGACGUGUCUCGCACGCCAGGAACUACGACUUUAUGGGAGAUGGAAUCUUCAAUUCGGACGGGGAGAUGUGGAAACGGCACCGCAAACUUGCAAGCUACGAAUUUUCGUCCAAGAAGGUGAACGAGUACAGUGGCCAAGUUUUCAGGAAGGCUGCUGUGAGAAUGAUGGAAGUGUUGGAAAAUAUUGCAAGCAAGAAAACCUCUUUCGACUUCCAGGACAUAUCCAUGCGAAUGACAUUAGAUUCUAUCUGCGAGGUUGCGUUUGGAGUGGAACUAAACACUCUGUCACCUUCCUUACCAGCAGUUCCCUUCGCAGCUUCUUUCGACCGAGUUAACGAGCUGAUCGUGCGUCGCUUAAUCGGGCCAGUGUGGAAAAUCCUACGAGCUCUCAACCUGGGCUCUGAGCGGGAGCUAAAGAACCAGAUCCAGGUACUGGACUCAUUCACGUUCCAGGUGAUCGAAAACCGACGACAAGAGAUUGAAGCCUGCGAGAAAUCUGGCAAGGAAUACGAAAGGCAGGACCUCUUGUCCCGAUUCAUGACUUCCACUGGAGCAAGCGAUGCGUAUCAUGACAGAGAGCUUCGUGACGCCAUCCUCAACUUCAUAAUUGCUGGACGAGACACGACGGCCAUCACUUUGUCCUGGUUUAUCUACUGCAUUUGCAACAAUCCUCGAGUGGCCAAAGAGAUUCGCCUCGAGUUAGACCGGACCUUUGGGAGUGAGAGCAACACACUCACUUUCAGUGCCUUCGCACAGCUCCUCUCCACUGAGAAUCUUCGCACGCUUCACUACUUGCACGCGUGCAUCAGCGAGACUCUUCGUUUAUACCCGCCGGUACCACGAGAUGGAAAGUAUGCAGCCAACGAUGAUGUUCUUCCGGACGGGACUAAAGUUAAACGUGGGGAUUCUGUGGCUUACGUGCAAUACUCCAUGGGAAGAAUGGAGUUUCUGUGGGGACCUGACGCUCUAGAGUUUAAGCCGGAGAGGUGGAUUAAAAACUCCGAAUACCAGCCUCAAUCACCAUUCGUCUACACCGCAUUCCAGGCCGGGCCGAGAAUUUGCUUGGGAAAGGAUGCCGCUUACUUGCAGGCCAAGAUCACUGCCGCGAUGCUCAUGAGGUUCUUUAACUUUGAGCUAGUGAAGGAUCACGUUGUCCACUACAGGCUGCUCAUGGUGUUAGCAAUGGUGAAUGGUAUCAAAGUUAAUGUCUCCACGCUAUAGCUUGCGAUAGAAAUAUAAUUCCGGUUCAAGACA